AUGGGACAUGCAGGCGCUUGGGCUGGUGUCGGUGAGCCCACUGCUGAGGAGAAGUACAAAAUCUUGCAGAAUGCAGGGGUCACUAUGGUUGACCAUCCCGAGAAGUUCGGUAACGUCAUGAAAGGCUUGUUGAAGCAGGCUGGCAAGGACGUGGGCGAGAUCCAACAAUCUGUAAGCGCCAACCAACGAAGAGGCAUGCACACCAUGAGGCGAGUACGGCCAACUGUCACCUCGCAAGCUUCCAGAUCUAGCACAAGUCCUCAGCGAAACUUGCAUCUUCGCAACCAAAAAGCUGUAGAUCAUCUCAGCAAGUCAUUGGAGGGCUUCAAUGUUUUCGAAGAGACCCCCGACAACGCAGACAGCGUUUACUUGAGCAUCUCAGUCGAUCGCUCUAGCCGCUCACCCUGCGUCAUCGCCUCGCCAUCCACAAACCCUCGCAAACUUCACCAUCGCCUGCGUCGCUUCCCAUACUCUUACCUCGAAGGCCCGGACCAGGAGACCGUUCUCGCAGCCAUACAACACCUGCAACUCGACGCCGCACCUCCGGCCGCUCACGCACGAACGGCAAAACUCAUAUCCCGUCUCGCGGACCUAUAUCGCGAACAAGAAGCCGUAAGCCUAGCCGUCAACCUCUCAAUCUCCUCUUCAGGCUCCCUAAACCUCUCACAACCCCAACUCUUCUACGACGACGCUGCCUUCAAAUCCAACAAGCGCCACCCCGACCUCCACGCCCUCCGCGAUAUAUCCCAAGAACCCGCCGUCGAAGUCGAAGCCGAGAAAUCAGGCAUUGUGUUCGUAAAACUCCACCCUGAUGACCAUACCGCAAACAUUGGUACUCUAGUCAAUGGAGCAGGGUUAGCCAUGAACACCGUCGAUGCCCUCGCCCUACCACCCCACAAUGGCAAAUGUGCCAAUUUCCUCGACACUGGCGGCAAAGCGACUUCAGAAACUGUAAAGACGUCUUUUGAGCUCAUCCUCAGGGAUCCCCGCGUCAAAGUCAUUUUUGUAAACAUCUUUGGCGGACUCACGGAUUGUGGUAUGAUUGCUGAUGGAGUGAUUAUGGCGUUUGAAAAGGUGGAUAUGCAGGGCAAGCCAGUUAUUGUGAGAUUGAGAGGAACCAAUGAGGAGGUCGGUCAGAAGAAGAUUGCGCAAAGCGGACUGCCGCUUGAAGCAUUUGAUGGGUUCCAUGAGGCUGCGCAGAGAGUGGUUGAGUUGGCUGGAAAGUCAUGA